CAGUCUCUCCGGGUCUCCGCCCGGGGUGGGUUGAAGGGUGUGAAGGGCCAGACAGGGGGCGCGAAGAUGCCCCAGGACGGCGUCGCCGGCGGCGCGCCCGGGCAAGGGAAGGGAGCCCUGGCUGCCGCCGCCGCCGCCGCUGCCGCUUCUGCCGCCUCUGCCGCCGGAGUGGUUGGGCUCGGUGGCGGGGCGCUCCUGCCGAGCCCCGCGUUGGUGGCCUCCGUAGCUGCGCCCGUCCCGGACCCGCUAAGGCGCUUUGUGUUAUUCUUGGAAAAUUUCGCACCACUUGUGAAUUCCUUGAACCUGGGCAUUGCAAACCCACUUCUGUUGGGCCCAUCUCCUUUGCAGUUUGCUCAGAUUAAGACACAGUUGGCUCUUCAACAGCUGAAUGCAGUUGCUUCACAUGGUUCAGCGUCACCUUAUUCUUUAUUAAAUCAAUCAUUCUUGAAAAUAGCCAUGUCGAGACCCAGGUUCAAUCCUCGAGGACACUUUCCAGGUCAAAGGCCGCAAGCACCUAACCCUUCUGGGAUGAAGCCUCAUGGAGGAUAUAUGAGAACUGAAACAAUGGGUAUCCCAAGAUUACACCCAUCAGGAAGACCCCAUGGAAUAGUGCAAAGAUUUGGGGGCCAUGAGUCUUACCAGAGCAUGGGCCCCCAUAGGACAAAUGUUCAGAUGAUGCAGCACCGAACUGACCCAAGAUUGGCCAAAGAAAAAAUGGAUUUUCAUGAAGCUCAACAAAAGAAGGGGAAGCCUCAUGUUGGUCAGUGGGAUGAUAGUCCUCGUCCAUCUGGAACAGCAGGAUUGAAACGAGGUUCUGCACCACACAUCACAGACCAGAGUCCCAAAGUACACAGUCGAUACACAAAGGAGAGCGCGUCAAGUAUCUUAGCAAGUUUUGGAUUAAGCAAUGAAGACCUAGAGGAACUCAGUCGAUAUCCCGAUGAACAGCUAACCCCAGAAAACAUGCCAUUGAUACUGAGGGAUAUAAGAAUGCGUAAAAUGGGGCGCUGGCUACCUAAUUUACCUUCCCAGAGAAGUGGUAAAGAAACACUGGGGGGUGAGACAGUUUCAAGUAAUGUGAUUGAUUAUGGACAUGCCAGUAAAUAUGGUUACACAGAAGAUCCAUUGGAAGUACGAAUUUAUGAUCCUGAAGAACCAACGGAAGAAAAUAAGAAUGAAUUUCAGUCCCAGCAGAAUAUUUCUGUGUCUGCUCCAAAUGUGAUAUGUAAUACAAUGUUUCCAGUUGAAGAUUUGAUCAGACAGAUGGGUUUCCAAAGUGAGUCCUCCAGUAACCAGUCAUUUUUCCCAGUUGAUAGUGGAAACAAGAUGUCAAAUUUAAACAUGACAGGACAGUCAGUCCUUGAACCAGUGAACUCUGUGAGCCAAUCUAUUAGUCAAGCAAUGAGCCAGUCACUUAUUUCUUCAAUGAGCCAAUCUCUGAUACCACCUCCUAUGAGCCAGCAGUCCUUUUCAGCUGAGUUAAUUACACCUGUAAGCCAACAGGAGAGGAUUUCUCAUGAACCUGUGAUUAAUUCAUCUAACAUGCACGUUGGGUCUGGAGGUGGGAAAAAAAAUUACUCCUCAGAACGCGAUGCUCCUAUACAGUCUCCAUUUGGAAUUGUAAAAGCAUCUUGGCUGCCCAAGUUUUCACAGUCAGGUGCCCAGAAGAUGAAGAGACUUCCAACUCCUUCUAUGAUGAAUGAUUAUUAUGCUGCAUCUCCAAGAAUAUUUCCACAUAUGUGUUCUCUAUGUAACGUAGAGUGUAGUCAUUUGAAGAAUUGGAUUCAGCAUCAGAAUACACCUGCUCACAUUGAGAGCUGCCGGCAAUUACGUCAACAGUAUCCUGAUUGGAAUCCUGAGAUCCUGUCUUCCAGGAGAGAUGAAGGCAAUCGAAAAGAAAAUCAGACUCCAAGGAGACGUACUCACUCAUCCAGUGUCAGUCCCCGCCGGUCUAGAGGGCCAAGCUUUGGUCACAAGUUGCGGAGAUCUCGGUCAAGAAGCCCUGCACGUUAUAUGCAAAGUAGACCAAGAAGUCGAAGUCCAAGAUAUUCACAUCGCUACAGUCCCAGACAUCGUUCUCGCUCACCACACCGUUCUCGCUCACCGCACCGUUCUCACUCACCGCACCGUUCUCACUCACCGCACCGUUCUCACUCACCGCACCAUUCUCACUCACCGCACCAUUCUCACUCACCCCACCGUUCUCACUCACCCCACCGUUCUCACUCACCCCACCGUUCUCGCUCACCUCACCGUUCUCGCUCACCGCAUCAUUCUCACUCACCGCAUCGUUCUCACUCACCUCAUCGUUCUCACUCACCUCAUCGUUCUCGCUCACCGCAUCAUUCUCACUCACCGCAUCGUUCUCGAUCACCGCAUCGAUCUCACUCACCACAUCGUUCUCACUCACCACAUCGAUCUAGAAAUCCCCUCAGGGGCAGUCCUAAGCCACCAAGAUCUGCCAGCUCUGAGUGGACAUCAAGGAGACGGCCAAGGUCACCAGAUAAAAGAAGCUCAUUGGAAGCUGUGGUACAGAGCCUAGAACAUGGUUUUCCUUCAGAGAUCAGUAAGCAGAAGCACUUUGAAGCAGGUGGGAAGGGAAGAUCCUCGACCCAGAAGACCCUCAGCAGUGAUUCAAAACCAGCCUGUAAGACUGUAGGCUCAGCGAAGAGUGAGCCCUCUUCAGCCAGUCACUCUGCUCGUCAUAAAGCCAAGAAUCCUGAAGAUGCCAGCUCAUCGCAGAUGCUGGAGGAAAGUGUUCCUCAAAGAAAGCCGUGGGAAGAUAAAUCCUUGCGUUGUGAUACAAUUAUUCAUGUAUCAGAAUUACCAACUGAUGGCUACACUGAGCAAGAUAUUAUACAAAUAGUUCAACCAUUUGGAAAAGUUAGUGAUCUCUUGAUUGUUCCAUCUAGAAAUGAGGCCUACUUGGAAAUGAAGUUUAAAGAGGCUGUGGCAGCUGCUGUGAAGUACUGUGAAACAACAGCAGUCCAAGUGAAAGGGAAGCGGGUGAAGAUCAGUGCCGUAGGGAAGAAGAAGCUACCAAGCGCUGCUCAGAAUAAAGAUGGGAAAAAAGUAGUUUCAGAAACAAAGAAGCCAUCAUCUUCAAAAAAAGAUGUGGAUGCUUCAAAGGCCGAAUCUGUAACGUCAGCUUCUAUUGCAAAACCUAGUGGACAGAAGACAACAGAAAGCAAAAAACCUAUAGAUCCCCAAAUUAAAGACUUUCAUAAGACUGUGACAGUGCCAGAUUUUUUUUCUUUUAAACUUGAACCGUUAUUGACUGAAUCAGAUCAGCUUACCAAGACUUUGGUUGACAAAGAAAACAUUGAAACCAGAAGCAUUUCAGAAACCAAGAACAUUCCUGAAACCAAGGUCACUGAGGGCGGUGCUAAAGAAAAUGUUUCAGCCGUUUCAGGAACCACUGAAAAGGAGGAUUCAUUUAUUAGCAAGGAAACUGAAGAAAUGUGUAUUGUCCUUAUUUCAAAUUUGCCAAAUAAAGGAUAUUCUACAGAAGAAGUUUCCAAUCUGGCAAAACCAUUUGGUGGUUUGAAGGAUAUUUUGAUUUUAUCAUCUCAUAAAAAGGCAUACAUGGAAAUAAAUAGAAAGUCUGCAGACUCUAUGGUAAAAUUUUAUACCUUCUUCCCAAUGUCCAUGGAUGGAAAUCAGCUUUCGAUAAUUAUGGCCCCUGAAAAUGUUAAUCUAAAGGAUGAGGAAGCUAUAUUCACAUCUUUGAUUAAAGAAUCUAACCCUGAGGUCAAUCUAGAUACAAUUCACAAUCAUUUUGUGCAUCUUGGCAACUUACCGGAUGAUGGAUACACUGAACAUGAGGUAGUUUGUGUUGGACUUCAGUUUGGAAAAGUAGAUCGCUACGUGUCCAUAAAUAAUAGAAACAAGGUAAUUCUUCAGUUAGAUAAUCCUGAAUCUGCUCAGAAAAUGCACAGCUUCUUAAAACAAAAUCCUUUUAACCUGGGUGAAAAUGUAUUGACCUGUACGUUGUCACUGAAGACAGAAUCGUCUGAGGUUCAAACUGAGAGAGACCCUGAAUCAGGAAAAGAGAGCCCUGACUUGAAACACAAUCCAGUUGAUGAAAGUGAGGUGCAAACAGCAGCUGAUAGCUCCUCAGUUAAGCCUAGUGAAAUCAAGGAAGAGACCACCCCCAGUCCCGUCCUCCAAAUGGAGCUUUCCACAUUGCAGGAAGACACCUUCAAGGGAGAACCUGAAAGAAGAGCAGUGUGUGACUCUGACUCAGCUCCUGGAAAGGUGGAGGUGGAAGUACAGGUGGAGGAGGCAGAGUUGGGGAAUCCUGAUGGUGCCUCUGCCCUGGCCAAGGCUGAACUCACCCAGGAUGGUACAGAGAAUUCCGUGCCUACUGCUCCAGACAACAUGGCUGAUCUGGGGAAGGAAGAGAUGGUCAGAGCUAAAGCUGAACUAGAGCCAGGUCCCUCCAGUGGGCUGUGGGCAGAAGAAAGGGACAGUAAGCAAAAGGUGGAAGAGUCUCUUCCUGAGACCGAAGAUGCCCACAGUGUGGAGAAGUCUGGAAAUGCCCUUUCAGGGCCUGGUGGAGAAGCAGCAGCAGGCAUGGAAAUGCUUGAAGUUGCUUCAGAAGUGCUACCUCCUGCUUUUCCCAUGGUCACAAUACAAGGAGCUUCUACUGGGAAUGAGAAGGUAUCAGUAAGCAAAGAGGAAAUUGGUGAGAAACACACCCUGGAGGAAAGGGAGGACAAGGUGAUUGAAUUCAGGGACACUAGAGUUGAGCUGAAAGCUGCGCUGGAAAUAGGACCAGAAAAAGACCCUGACAAAAAUGUAGCUGAGGAUGCGUUGGGUGUAGAGAAAUGUGAAAAGAAUGUCCUGGUGGCAAGAGAGAAAAUAGCAGACAACACUGUGACCAAGGAGCCUGUGAAUAAAGGAGUGGGCCAAGCUAGUAAGCCUGAUGAAACGAAUAAAACCAGUGUUCAGGUGGUGUCAAAUGCCUCCUCCAGCAAGCUGAGCUCCAAGCCUGGGGCUUCCACCCCAAACACACUCAAGACAAAAGUGACUGGUCAGAAAAGUGAGGUCAAAACGGAAGAUCAGAGGACAUGCUCAAAGCUUCUGGCCAAAAGCCAAGCAAGCACGGACAAGAAGCUUGUGGCCAAAGACAUGGGCUCCUUUAGAACUGCCAGUACCAGGUCUACCCUGGCUGAAAGCAGCAAAUCUAAAGCUUCCCCCAGCGGCAUAGCCAGAGGAGGCAGUGGGCGGACCUCACUUCCACAAGACAAGGAUUACAGGGCUCUAGCAAAACAGUCUCAAGAAACAGAGACUAGACCUUCCACCAUGAAACGGGAUGACAGCAGCAAUAAGACUUCUGCUGGGCAGAACACUAAGAACCCUAAAGGCAGCUCUGGUAAAACUGCCAAACCUAGAGAGGAGGAAGAACUUUUUCCAUUUAAUUUGGAUGAGUUUGUUACCGUGGAUGAAGUUAUAGAAGAGAUAGAUCCUUCUCAAGCCAAGCAAAAUGCACCAAAGGGGAAAAAGAAAGAACUUCCCAAGAAUCCUCCUUCCUCUGAGAUUAACUUAAAAAGAAGGAAGGGGAAAAGCUCAAUAUCUUGUGUUGCUGAGAGUGAGUUAUCUUUUGUUACAUUGGAUGAGAUUGGUGAAGAAGAAGAUGCAGCUGCUCACCUGACCAUAGAGUCUAAUUUAGAAACUAAAGCUCUGGUCACUGUAGAUGAAGUUAAUGAUGAAGAGGAGCUAAAUGUGGAAGAAAUGGUUAAAAAUGCGAAUUCCCUUCUUACUUUAGAUGAGAUAAUUGAGCAAGAUGAUUGCACUUCCCAUGGUGAACCUAAAGAUGUCACUAUUUUGUCAGUGGAUGAAGAGCGAGAUCUUUUGAAGAGGGAACCCCUAGUAACUGUGGAUGAAAUUGGAGAAGUAGAAGAGCUACCUUUAAAUGAGUCAGCAGAUAUAAAUUUUGCUCCUAUAAAUCCUAAGGAAGAAGAAAAUACUGUGAGGGAGUCCAUUGGCUUCAUCUCUUCUCAGGUGCCUGAGGACCCAACUACUUUAGUUACGGUAGAUGAAAUACAAGAUGACAGCAGUGAUGUCCAUUUAGUGACUUUAGAUGAAGUGACAGAAGAAGAUGAAGAGUCUUUGGCAGACUUUAACAACCUCAAAGAGGAGCUUAAUUUUGUUACUGUUGAUGAGGUUGGAGAAGAGGAAGAGGGAGAGAAUGACUUAAAAGUUGAGAUAACUAGAAAAGAUGUUUGCCCUGUGGCUAAAACAGGAGGCAUUAAGAAGAAACCUAAAGCUUUGCACCAAAUGGGCCAGAUUAGUGAGGAGGUUAUAGAAAAAGACCCCCAAACUCUGACUGAAAGACAUCUAGCAGAGCAAAGCAUGUCCCAAGUUGUUUCACUUCAAGAAAAGGGGAUGAAGCCAGAGAGCAAGCAAGAGCACUCAGCCAAAACUACAGUUAAGAGAAGUAGAACCAAGAAAAUGCCAUCGUCAGAGAGUUUUGACACAUCAGAACCAACAAAACUAGAAGAGGCCUCAAUGAAUAUAGUUGAAGAAUCUGGAUCAGAAGAUGCAGAACCAGAGAAAAAGAGAAAGAAAGAUGAAGAAUCUUCAUUAGACUUAGAUUUUCUUAUACCGAAGGCUGGUUUCUUCUGCCCUAUUUGUUCCCUCUUCUACUCUGAUCAGAAAACGAUGGCAAAUCAUUGCAAGAGUGCACGUCACAAGCAGAAUACGGAGAAAUUCAUGGCCAGGCAAAAAGAAAAAGAGCGGAAAGAGGCUGAAGAGAAAAGCUCCAGGUGAUCAGCAGAAGAAUUCAUCAAGAAUUCAUUUAGGGUCCAGUUGAUUUUAUGUAUUUUGUUAUCACUUAAUUUGUAACUUUGUUUCAGAAGCAGAUAUUCAUGUUGUACAAAUUUCUGAUUGCACUUGAUGUAGAAAGGACUGUUGGGGGUGGGGGGGGUGGGAGUAUGAUGGGUUUGAUUUUUAUAUCAAAUCAUCUGGCCUGGAGAAACAUCUUUUACAUACAAGUGUUGAAAUAAAUGUUGCUACUGUAUAUUUAACAGCA